AUCUGUGGAAAACAAAAGCAAAAAACAAACAAAAAAUUGAACAAAAUUGUCGCAGCUGAAAUUACGGGGGAAAUUGUGUUCCAGGGCCACGGGCUUGCGUGUUGUAAAGUAUUAAUUCCGCCGGAUGGAGUUUAGAAACCUCGGAUACAACGCGGCGCUAUGAUCUGCAGUCUGCCGAUCACAUCAUGGAAGCGAUUUUAUCCAAAAACACCCUUGCCUCGCUGUCCACGGUGGCCACGGUGUUACAAUUUUUAACUGGCACGAUCAUCUGCCGGAGAUAUUUUAAGAAGAAAUCGACGGGAGACACGUCGGCCUUUCCUUUCAUAUCUGGAUUCUUAUCCUGUUUUAUGUGGCUGAAGUAUGGCGUUUUGACCGAGGAGAGCACACUUAUACUCGUUAACUUUAUCGGAUCUGCUCUGUUUCUUGCGUACACCGUGAUAUUCUUCCUGUUUUGCGUCAACAAGCGGGAAGUGGUGCGGCAGAUUAUGGUCGUUUCCUGCGUCAUACUGAGCGCCACGCUUUACACUACAUUUUCUGCCGAUACGGAACGAUCGGUUCGGGUUAUAGGGCUACUGUGCUGCUUUUUGGCGGUCAUUUUCUUCGCAUCACCGUUGUCCACGUUGGCGCACGUUAUCCGGACGCAGAACACUGACAGUCUUCCUUUUCCGAUCAUUGUGGCGUCAUUCUUUGUAUGCCUCCUGUGGACUGCGUAUGGCGUACUUAUCAAUGAUCUUUACGUUCAGAUUCCUAACCUUUUGGGAGGCAUACUGGCUGGCGUUCAGCUGAUGCUGUACGUGAUUUACCCAAAACCGAAAACUUCCCAUGGCGGUGGACCCCGUUACUCACCGUUGGUAUCGGAAAAUCCUGUUUUGUAGUAUUCCAUGGGAUGCGGGUAGGACGAAAAAUGGUCAGUUGUGAUUGUAAUCGUUAGCAGUAUCGAAACGCAGCGGCGUUGUUGUUAAUAAACUUCACUCGUAGAUCGAG